AUGACUCUCACUGUUCACCACCUGGGCGUCUCCCAGUCGGACCGAGUCGUCUGGCUGUGCGAGGAGCUGGGCAUCGAGUACAACCUCAAGAAGUACGACAGAGCACCGAUCCUAUCCCCGGAUGAAUACAAGGCGCUGCAUCCACUCGGUGCCGCCCCUGUCAUCGAGGACGGCCAUGUCGAGCUUGCCGAGUCCAGCGCCUGUGUCGAGUACAUCUGCCAGAUAUACGGCAAGGGACGUUUCGUCGUCGCGCCGGGGCAGAAGAACUACGCCGAUUACUUGUAUUGGUUCCAUUUCGUGAAUGGCACCUUGACGCCCGCACUAUCGCGGACACUGGCGUUGUCGCUGGCGGGACUUGGCAAAGACAACGACACUUUAAAGCGGUAUGACGACAAGCUCAAGCAGAUUCUGGGUUUCGUCGACGAGCGCCUCUCCAAGGUGCCCUGGCUUGCAGGCGAGGAGAUCACUGCGGCCGACAUCACGAUUGUGUGUUGUCUCACCUCGAUGCGCAGUUUCUACCCGUACGACCUCGGCGAGUACAAAAACAUCCUCGCCUAUCUCAAGCGCAUUUCUGAGCGGGAUGGGUACCGGCGCGCGGUACAGAAAGGUGACCCCGAUCUGGAUAUUGAUAAGUUGACUGGGGCUGCGCCUCCGCCUAUGCAAAAGGGGCUGGCGGCUGCGCUGCAGGCACGUGGAAAGUGA